AUGGACUGUGACGUAGAACCUUCGGUGGACCCGCUUGCGUGGCUCGUGGAAGACCCGCCGCCAAAGUCAGAAACUGUGUUUACCAAACAAACGCUUCUAAAUUCACCGAUAAUCCUCAAGUUCUACCCAAACUUCAAAGUCGAUACUCACAAACCAUGGACAGGCCUACCGUCUCGAAGCAUCAACGACGAGCGUGAACAGCUGCUACAUCCACCCGAAGCAGAUUCGUACUUUGGCGAUGAUAUGAGUGAAGAUGAUGAUGAUGGACUUUUAUGGAAAACUGAAGAGAAACUGGAAAGUCCUGAAGUAACCAGGGUUACUAAGUUUUCGUUGGUUGAUGUUAUCGUCAAAUUGGGAUCUCUUAACGUAAAUGGCAUUGAAUUUCCGUUUCCAGCUGCUCUACGAGACGUUGCUCUUAUUCCUGGUUCUGAAGAUUCCGACGAUUCCUUACUUGUUUCCCUAAAACUGGGCUACCUACUCCUAGUUCGUCUUUACUACAUGCCCAAGAACUACCUGGACUCGAGCUUUUCCCAUAAAAACGCUUUUGACGAAAAACACUAUGUCUUUAAACCCUUCAUUGUUCAGUGGUGGGAAACCAGCAUGAACACAGAGUUUCUUCUUGAUAUGGACACUUCAGGUGCUAUUUUAUGUGCCCAGGAUUCAGGCCUAGCGGUUGUUUCGGCCCUGGCUUCGAAUGUAUUCAGAAUCUACAUGUGCAACCAUACAGAGCUCGGCGUGGAGCUUCUGCCCCAUUACAAUGUGCCUCUAGAAGGCACCAUUUUGCAUGUCUGUUUUGUCAAUUCGUCUGCCCAGGCCACAGAAGAGAACCUUCUACAGCUUCUUACGCUUUCUUAUAGUCCUCUGAACCGACUAGAGCUCAAUUUGUUCCAGUGGUACGUUUCAGAGUCGUUUUCCGAAGGUUCCAGAAGACUGACGCUUCCACUUACGCCUUUGUUUAGUCUCCCGAUAUUUGUGGUUCCUUUAGCAAGAAACUCCAGUUUUUUGUUCAUUUGUCCUACUGAACUUAUUAUUGUCACUAUGCAUAACAUUAUUCUGGCUGACUACUGUUUUAGCAGGUUUAUCUACACUGGCUCGUUUCCUACAUCGUUUGCAUUCCCAGAAACGCAGCCUGACGAUACUUCCAUAGACGAAGUGUACUUGGCUUCAGAUUCUGGCGUCAUAUACUCAGUUCUUGUUUCUGAAAACAACGCCAGUCUUACUUAUAAACCCAUUUUGCGUGUGGCCGAUGCAAUCACCACCUUUACGUUGAAAACAACCUCAAACGGCCACAUUCUUCAAUAUUCUAACGACGCUGGUGGAGCUAGACAAUUGCAUAUUCCAGAACUUCUUCCUGAGACUGAUUCCGAUAAGAUUCCGUACUCAGAGGCUCUGCAGCUUCAAGACUACAAAAACUGGGCUCCUUUGGUUGACAUUUGCAUUAUAGACGCUUACAAAACACGAACACAGGUACCUUAUGCUUCCCAGGAGCUCUGGGCUGUUUCUGGCGCUGGAAAACGCAGCAAACUUGCCAAUUUGAGUGUGGCCUACCCUUUGCGAAAAGACUGUAAGUCUUACGAUGCUCUCAGAAAGACAGAACGGUUGUUUCACCUUAAACUACUUGAUUCUAGACAGCUCGUGUUUGCAUCUUUACCGUUUGAAACAAGGCUUCUAGAGCUCGAACAUGAAGAGUACAGUGACGGAUCUGGUCUGAGCGAGACGCCGGAAGACCAGUUUACUGCCAUUGAGUCCCCUGCUAUCGUUACAGAAGAACCCACUUUGUUCGUGGACAUGAUGACAACUUCAGAUGGAAUGCCGCUUUUGCUUCAAAUUACGUCUUCCUUUGUGGCAUUCACCGAUUUGGAGCAGUGCAAUAAAUCUGCCUUAAACGGGAAAUCCAUUCUUCAUGUUUCUUCUGCUGCUGGCUUUUUAUUCAUGGUUGUUGAACAAGCCAAGGCUUUAUCUCUAGAAGUCGUCGAAGUGUCCACUCCAAACUUCAACGACGACUUUGAACCGCUGGCAUGCAUGGAAACAGUCUUCUCUUUGCCUUUACACUUCGAUAUCAGUGCAAUUCAAGCUGUGGAAAUCGAAAACGGGACAGGUUUGCUCUUUUUGGGCACUUACGAAGAAACCACCGUCAUCUGGCCUUUCACUACCGACGGAGGGUUCCUCCAAGACAAACAAAUCACCAUCAACCUCGGCGAACAAGCUACUUACAAAGAUAAGUUCCCCAGAGACUUGCUCAUUCCCAGUGCUUUCCUCUGGAGAAGCAACAAGAACGAGUUGAUGGUGGGAACGUUCACUGGGUACUGUUUACGAUUUGAAAUCAGCAAUAACGGCACCACCACGCUAAUUCAAGAUCUUCGCCUUGGUACGACGCCAAUUACGUUUACUCAGCUUGACCAGAACGUUGUUCUCGUGGCGCUUCGAAACCUCUGGCUCUUUGACUUUGAAGAGUCCAGUUUCCCUACGAAAGCAGCGUUUGACGAGAAAAUCAGCCAUUCGAUUACCCUGGUAGCUCAUAUGGGCCUGGAAGAGCCCAGUCGCCAUAAGCUUGCGUUGGUAAGAGACGACGGGGUCACCACAGCCUCACUUUUCUGCCAUAAAGGGCCUUUAGUAAGGCAAAUCACUAUUGGCGAAGCUGCCAAGAAGCUCAUUUACCUUGAAAACAUCAACGUUUUCGUUCUUUUGUGUAAAUCCAAGGAUCCACAGAGCAGGCUUCGUUUUAGCGAUCGAAAGACCGUCAGAAUGCUUCCCAGCGUUGAGCUCGAUACGAAACUGGGCGAACAACGAGAUACGGCUAUUUUUGACGCUACAGAGGUCCCAGUUUGUGCUUUUCUCUGGCACGUUGAACGAAACGACCGAAUCUCGAAAAAACUCAUUGUGGGUUGUUCCAACGGCAGCAAAGGGUCGGUGAAAAUCCUCGAUUACUGCAAAUUCCCCAUUGGAACGAGUUCCUCGUCGGUUGGCAUCAAAAUCACCGAAUUAUACUCCAUUCCUCGAGACGAGCCUGUUACUUGCAUUGAGCAAAUCGGUCUGACCAUCUUUUUCGCUUCUGGAGAAAGCAUUUUCACCACAUCCUACCUUCUUUCAGACCGAAAACUACGUCCUGUCAACACCAUCAAGACGCUCAACAGCGGCAUUGCCUCCAUGACUUCAGAAAACGCCGCUGGCGAACGCAGACUCAUUGUGAGUACGAAAAUGGACUCUGUUUUCGAGUUUGAGUACGUUCCAGGCGAUUCUUCCGAAAACGAAGAACUCCAGCUCGUCAAAAACGAUAAACUGUCCAGGUCGCUAGCCAACCACGUCAAAAUCGACGAAUCUAUCUUUGUUGCCGAUAAGCUUCAUUCGACCAUCCAUGAAUUAACUGGUUCUGGCGAAAGCCAAAGAAGAGGCAUCUAUAAAACCCAGCUGAUUCCCAGACUCUUCAGAACACUGGCAAAAGGCCCCUGGGUCGACGAAAACGAACAUUUCCAUAUGGUAAGCGUUGGCGUUGCUGGAGAAGUUAUUGCUUUUGAUAGACUUGAAGUUGGAAGUGAAGAGUUGGUGCAAAUCCGUGAAAAGCUUGUUGAAGAAGGAAAGAUCCCGCUGGGGGCCAGUAUUGACGAUUUAUACGAACGACUUGAACGUCCGUUCAAUACGAAACUCACUGGGAAAGCGUUCCAGGCGAUAUAUAAGCCUUUCUUUGGGAACGGCAUCACCAAGGGCCUUAUAGACUACGACGUGGACGACUUGAAGAGACUGAGCUCGUCGAGCAUUGCUCUUUGA